AGAAUUUAGAGAAUUAGAGAGAAUGAUGAGUUAAUGAUAUUCUUUGCAACUAAACAGGCUAUUUAAGAAACAACAUUAUUAUUAAAUUCACAGUUUGGAAUAUUAUUAAUAAUGCAUUAAUUUGGAUUAUAUUCCCAACAAUAAGCAAGUGUUUUUAUUAUUGUAGUAUGAUAAUAAUUGAGCUAUUAUUGUGUAAAACAUCAAAAAUUGGUUCUGAAUAUCAGCUGUAGGACACUUAAUACAAAUAAUCAUUAUCGGUUGUUAAACUGUAUCGGUCGAUCUCUGCUGUAUAUGGUGCACUAGUUUGCUUGUGUAAACACAAUAAUGUUGGGUAGUCCUUCCAAUAACGGAGGCAUUAGGAUGCUGGCCCCCCCUGCACCCAACGAUGACAGGCGGGUUGAGUUUGUGGCUCUCACGGCUGUUCAUACGGAAAGAAGCGAGCCGUCCAGCCCAGAGCGAGGACACCCGUCUCACCGCACCGGCUUACUGGGCACGCCACUGCCAGCGCCACCGGGCCCGAGGGCGACCCCUUCUGCCUCCAGCAAACGCUACAGAAAGUUACAGAACUGCCUGUACAACGUGCUCGAGAGACCCAGAGGAUGGGCAUUCAUCUAUCACGCCUUCAUUUUUCUCCUAGUGUUCAGCUGUCUGGUGCUUUCUGUUUUCUCCACCAUUCCAGACCAUCAUAAAUAUGCCAACGAAGCGCUCUUCAUCCUGGAGUUUGUGAUGAUCGUGGUUUUUGGGCUGGAGUAUUUCGUGAGGGUGUGGGCCGCCGGAUGCUGCUGCCGGUACAGAGGAUGGCAGGGCCGGCUACGGUUCGCCAGAAAACCCUUCUGUGUCAUAGACUUCAUCGUGUUCGUGGCGUCGCUGGCAGUGAUAGCAGCAGGCACACAGGGAAACAUCUUCGCCACAUCUGCUCUGCGCAGCAUGCGUUUUCUGCAGAUCUUGCGUAUGGUGCGCAUGGACCGCCGGGGAGGAACCUGGAAGCUGCUGGGCUCUGUGGUGUACGCUCACAGCAAGGAGCUGAUCACAGCCUGGUACAUUGGCUUCCUGGUACUGAUCUUUGCCUCCUUCUUGGUCUAUUUGGCUGAGAAGGAAGAUAACCAAGAGUUUUCAACUUAUGCUGACUCCCUCUGGUGGGGAACAAUCACCCUCACUACGAUCGGCUACGGUGACAAGACGCCGCGCACCUGGCAAGGUCGGCUUUUAGCGGCUUGCUUUGCCCUGCUGGGAGUGUCCUUCUUUGCCCUGCCCGCUGGCAUCCUGGGUUCGGGUUUUGCUCUGAAAGUGCAGGAGCAGCACCGGCAGAAACACUUCGAGAAGAGAAGGACUCCCGCUGCCAACCUCAUACAGGCUGCAUGGCGGCUCUACUCUACAGAUGCUCAGCACUCAUAUCUCACAGCCACCUGGUAUUUCUAUGACAGUAUGCUGCCGUCCUUCAGAGAACUGACAUUACUGUUCAGUCACCUCCAACGGCAGCGUAGCACCAAGAAGGUUCUCCACAACUCCUACCACACCCUGCUGUCGGGGCUCCGGCCGUACAGCUCCCCCUACCUGUCGGGGGACAGUCAGCUCGUAUCUAAAAAGAGGGGUUUCUUCCGGAUUCAUACUGGCAGUAAGCAGAGUGGGAAGAUGGGCUUCCGUGACCGCAUUAGGAUGAACAAUUCCCGCUCCUCUCAGGCUAUCCGGAGCAAGGCUUCUCCUUUGCCCCCAGGUAAUGUACGGCGCUCGCCCAGCACGGAGAACGUUCCUGAAGCCACCAGCCCCGGCAAGGUCCAGAAAAGCUGGAGCUUCAAUGAUCGGACUCGAUUCCGUACCUCUCUCCGCCUAAAACCACGGCCCGCUGCAGAUGUGGAGGGAGUAGGAGAAGAGCACACAGAGGACAAAUCUUACUGUGACGUUGCCAUGGAGGAUGUGAUUCCAGCAGUGAAGACCCUAAUUCGAGCCGUUAGGAUUCUGAAAUUCCUGGUGGCCAAGAGGAAGUUUAAGGAAACCCUGCGGCCAUACGAUGUAAAAGAUGUGAUCGAGCAGUAUUCAGCAGGACACCUCGAUAUGCUGGGCAGAAUCAAGAGCCUGCAGAUGAGGGUGGAUCAGAUCGUAGGUCGUGGUGCCAUUUCAUCAGAUAAAAAGGUGAGGUCUGAAAAAGGAGAGAAAACUCCUCCUGAACUGGAACAGAUGGACGAAUUAAGCAUGAUGGGACGAGUGAUGAAAGUGGAGAAGCAGGUGCAGUCCAUCGAAAAUAAGAUGGACCUGCUACUAAACUUCUACUCCCAGUGCCUGAAAAAGGGCUCGUCCCACUUCACCCUGUCGUCCCUGCUGGACCCAGACUUGACCUCUGACUACCACAGUCCGACUGAUCAACGUGACCUGUUCCCCUCAGCAAACACCCUUAAUAUCUCACACUCGGACAGUGGCAACAUGGAAUGACCCGACGAAUCCUCCAAAGCCUAAACGCCAGCUCCCUACACUAACCUUGCACAGUUCCUCCAAACAACUGCUGUAAUCGCAUGGGGUCAUCCUUUGCACAGUGGAUGC